AUGUCACGUUUUGCGAGACAACUGUCAACUAGUGCACGAACAAUGUCCUCUUCAUUCAAAGUAACUUCAACACCAAACGCACCAUCAGCUGUAGGACCAUACGUACAAGCUAUCACCCACAACGGCGUUGUUUAUGCCUCAGGCUGUAUCCCAUUGGAUCCACAAUCGAUGACUAUCGUCGGUGAGGGCAGCAUCGAACCACAAGCUACACAAGUACUCAAGAACCUCAAGAAUGUCUUAGAAGCAUCCGGCUCAUCGAUGCAGGAUGUCAUGAAGACAACAUGUCUUCUCAAGAACAUGGAGGAUUUCGUUGCUUUCAACAAGGUCUACGAGGGUGCAUUCGCACCACACAAGCCAGCUAGAAGUUGCUUCGAAGUCGCUCGUCUGCCAAAGGAUGUUUUGGUAGAAGUUGAAGCAAUCGCAGCUGUAAAGAACUAA